GCUAGUGCGGUGCCGUUUAACAAUGUCAUAUUAUUAAUAAUGCCGAAUAAUUAAAAAUAUAUUUUUUACGAUCGCAUUUCGAUUUCAAUCAAUUCAUACGAUAGACUGGAGCAGUUUGGGUGCCAUCGUGAAGUCGACAAUAUAUAUAACAAAAUAAUAAGACGCACGUGAAGGCAUAUCGAGUUAAUCUUGUUGGCUAGCUAUCUAAUAUCGUAUUCGGAGACGUUUUAGGUCGUUGUUGAUGUAGGUAUAGCUGCUGCAGUAUAAUCAUGACAUUAAUAUUUCUCGCAGACACUUUCUAUAAAUUGUACGUCGGUGCCUACUAUUACCUAGGUAUAAGGUUACCGAGUGUACUGCGAGAGCCAAAGCCGACAGGUAGGUGCUGCAUUUGAUUGUCCAUAUUACCUACGUACUGAGAGCUGUACGCCCAUUUACCGUUUUUUUAGUCGUACCUAUAAUUGCAUAGUCACUGCAGCGUACCUAGUCCCGGCGGCUAGUCGUACGUCGUACGUGACGAGAAAUAUUCUAACUGACCAAAUAUCGCGAUCUAGUUUGUUUUUUUUUUGCUCAGAUCAAUUAUUUCGUAAUAAUAUUAUUGUUAUCGACCGCGGUUUUACGAUUUUCGCGGUAGGUAUACGGUCCAUAUACACGCAUCAUCGUAACAGAAUGUAAGCAGGCAUUCUAGGUCGUAUUUGUGUAUCGCUGCCGUCGGGGCGUAGUUCGCGGUGAUCUCGAAAAAUCGUCGAUCGUUUUGUUUUCAUGUCGUAGGUUACAAAUCAAGUAGUAGCAAGUAUAAAACAACAUAAAAAAAUAAUUCGUUCGCUAUACACAAUAUCAGUCUAAUAUUAUUCGCGGCGGUGCGAAAUAAUAAUUUUAAUAUUGUGCGAAGUGGGACGGAGAUGCGCAAGCGUACGUGAAAUCUGGCUGAACCCGCGCAGACCGGUGGUGGCGGCGGCAGACAGUGUUUUGAAAAAAAAAAAGUGUGGAAAAUUGUUCAUCAUUGAUCGUCGCUAACUUCAACAACCGAAACCGUUCCUAUUAUCAACACCUGUGAUUCAUGAAGACUAGUGAUAAUUUUUCGGAAUUCACUCGUCGCGUAUUUUUUAGCGUUAAGACGGACGGUACCACGGUUCCCGCCCUUUCCUUUAGAUUACUUGGUCGACCUUUGAACAAAACACCCACCCGUGAAUCACUUACAUGGAAAAUCCACUUGAUUGGUACGCUGAAGCAAAGUCUGUGAUUGAUAGCGAGAUAUCCCUGUUGAAUCAUAUUAGUAUAUCGUCAUUGGUAGUUUCGGACGGUGUAUAUUUGAAUAUUGAAACACUUGAAAAUCAAAAGUUUUGUGUGCUCUUGAAUAAACAAGGAUUUCGUGUUGUUGCCAAAGCUUUUGAUCAAGACACCAACACCUCGCAAUUCAGUUACGAAACUCACUUUGCACUAUUGUCUAAUAUCAGCAAAAGCUAUAGUCGACGAUUCAAUGAGUUAGUAGCAGUUAAAUUGAAUGAAGUCGCUGGGUCAUGCAAAGAUACAGAUAAUUAAAUAGCAAAAUCUUAAGCAAAAUGGCUACUAACGAUAUCAGACCCGCCUUUGAAGAACAGGUUGAAUCAACACUUGAUAAGGAUGUUGCUACUGAAAAAGACAUCUCAAUUGCUGAACAAGAUGAUCUCCAAGCCAAAGAAAAAGAGAAGAAACUUGGACAUAGGCGAGUGGGUGUUGAUGGAGAAAUCACAUAUAAAAAAAUUCAAACUGGUCAAAUUAUGGGUUCCAUACAACUAGGAAUACAACAUGCAGUAGGAGGCCUUGCUUCAAAGCCCGAACGUGAUUUGCUUAUGCAAGAUUUUAUGACCGUUGAAACGACUGUGUUUCCAAGUGAUGGUACUAAUCACACUCCAGCUCACCAUUAUCCAGAGUUUAUUUUUAAGACAUACGCUCCAAUUGCAUUCCGCUAUUUCAGAGACUUGUUUGGCAUUCAGCCAGAUGAUUAUCUUAUAUCGUUUUGUAACUCGCCACUUCGUGAAUUGUCCAAUCCGGGUGCGAGUGGAUCAAUAUUUUACCUUACACGGGAUGAUGAAUUUAUCAUGAAAACUGUACAGCAUAAGGAAGGUGAAUUUUUACAAAAAUUACUUCCUGGAUACUAUAUGAAUUUGAAUCAGAAUCCGAGAACUCUGUUGCCAAAAUUUUUCGGUCUUUAUUGUUAUCAAUGCAACUCAAAAAACAUUAGAUUAGUAGCUAUGAACAAUUUAUUACCUUCUAACAUAAAAAUGCACCAAAAGUAUGAUCUGAAAGGUUCGACAUACAAAAGAAAAGCUUCCAAAGAUGAAAGACAAAAAUCAUCGCCUACGUUUAAAGAUUUAGACUUUAAAGAACAUCAUCCUGAUGGUAUUUUUUUGGAGCCAGACACUCACUCAGCUCUUCUCAAAACUAUGCAAAGAGAUUGUCGAGUACUAGAAAGUUUUAAAAUAAUGGACUACAGUCUUUUAGUAGGCGUUCAUAACGUCGACCUUGCUCAGAGAGAGAAAGAAGAAAGACGAGUGGCACGGUUACGCAAGGCAGUAGAAACUGAUGCAGAUACUUUAUCAGAAACGUCUACUUUAAGUCGAACAGCUGAAGCCAACCGGCAGCGUUUGAUGGCUCAUUCAACAGCAAUGGAAAGUAUUCAAGCAGACACUGGAACUUCUUCAGAUGAAGACUGUGCUUCGCCUAGAGGUGGUAUACCUGCUAGAAGUGGAAGCGGUGAUAGCUUAUUACUAUUUGUCGGAAUUAUUGACAUACUACAAAGUUAUCGAUUAAAGAAGAAACUGGAGCAUACGUUCAAAGCCAUCAUACACGAUGGCGACUCUGUUUCUGUACACAGACCUGAUUUCUAUGCCACUAGAUUUUUGGACUUUAUGACCAAAUCUGUGUUCAAGAAACUUUUGUGUCCCCUAAAACGUUCACCAUCCAAGCGUCGUAGCAUGUCGCGUACACGAACGCGUGAUCAAACAGAUGCGGAAGGUACAUUUUCCACAUGUUCAACACCACCUCCAGCAUUUGAGGAUGCUAUUCGUCGUGACUUUGUAUACGACAAACGUUCCAGCAUGACUCGCAUACGUCGUCCAUCACCAGGAUUGCGCAUAGAUGGCCCUUCUGGCUCGUCGCACGCCGGCGAGAGUAAGUCGUCUACAUUGAGUGUGGGAUCGGGCAGCACUACAUCUGGCAUCGGGGGUUCAGCAGGCAGACAAUCUGUGGAAGCCACAUGGACGGAAGGCACACCUAGCUACACGGAAUCUUCAAGCAGCGCCGACAUGGCUUCAGAUACCAUACAAAUGGCAAUUCUGGGGGGCGAUCUUAAAUCAUUAGAAAUGACACGCUUAUAACUUAUAGAAUGUUACUUAUAGUCUAAUCGGAACAGAUUUUAUUGGAUUUAAACCUUAUAAUCAUUUAUCUAGAUUGAAUUAAACCUGAAUAGUCAGUACCUAUACCAAGAUUUAAUGAUAUAUUACUAGUGUGGGAUAUCUUUCAUUUGGAUACACAUUUUUUAAAGCUAAUUAGUAAUUAUAGUUCAUACAACUUUUAUCUUAUUGUGAGAUGCACUUUGAUGAUUGCUUAUCAGAAUUAGAACAGUAUUAUUGUAUUACUGCUCAUUUGGCAUAUGCCAUUAGAUAUUAUUGUGCAGACAAGCAUUUAUGUGAUUAAAAAAACUUGCCAAUUUCGAACAAAGAUCUGCUAAAAUUAUAUGAUCCGAUUGGACUGUCAAAUCUGACAAACUAUUUUAAUUUAUUUUUUUUUAAUUUGUAUAGCUGCUGAGCCCCUUUUGUUGGAUCUCUUAAUAAUAAGGCCGAACCCUAAAAUAUAAUUAUAAAAGACAAUUAAACGCUUGUGAAUAGCAUGAUAUUUAGCACCAGCACAAAAUUCUCACUUUUCAACAUUUAAAAAAUUUAAAAGAAAAAAUUGUUUUUUCAUUUUUACUAGUUAUUAUUAUUCAUACGAUGACUAAAAGAAUUCAAUAUUCUACAUACUAAUAUUGUUUAUUAUAGAUGGUACCAUUCUGGUUGAGAACCGCUUCCAGCGGAUGAAACACAAUGUGAUGGCUCGUGUAUUUAGGUUAUCGCCAACCGAAAAAUAACCUAACUUAGGUUUAAAUGAUAAAUAAUUAUAAACAAAUGUUAUUUAUUACUAUUAUUACUACUAUUAUUAUUAUAAUUAUUAUUAUUAUUAUUAUUAUUAUUAUUAUAAUUAUUAUUAUUAUUAUAAAUUUAUAACUAUUGAUUACGCCUACCGCCUACGUAAUAACAUAAGUAUACCUAAAAGAAUAAACAAUUUUCCAUUGUGUUCGUAUCAACCGCCUAAACGGAUAUAGUAAUACAGUAUUCAUAAUUUUAAACAAUUUUAGACUCAUGUAUGAUCUUUUGAGAAUUAAAUGUUUUCAAAAAAAAAUAAAAACGUAAAAAAAAUUA